AUGCCUCCCGUCAACCAGGCUGCGUGGCUCAAGGCCCGCAACGCACGCCCGCUCGUCGUUGGACCUGCACCCUACACGGCCCCGGGCCCCGGCCAGAUCGUCGUCAAGAACCAUGCCGUCGCCAUCAACCCCGUCGACUGGUGCCUGCAGGUGCUCGGCCAGUUUGUCCUGACGUUCAUCAAGUACCCCAUGGUCCCCGGCGGCGAUCUGGCGGGCGAAGUCGUCGAGGUCGGCAAGGGCGUUGAGGGCUUCCACGUGGGCGACCGCGUCAUGGCCCUCGUCUGCAGCGCGGCGCCUGAUUUGGCCGCAUCGCACGCCGCCGCGCAGGCGGAGGGCGCGUUCCAGCUGUACACCGUCGUGCGCCCGCUGCUGGCAGCACGCAUCCCCGCGUGGAUGGCGUACACGGACGCGUGCGUUCUGCCCCUGACCCUCGCCACGGCGGCGUACGGUCUCUUCCACCCCGCCUUCUUGGGCCUCGACCUGCCGACCGUCCCUGCCCGGCCUCUGAGCUCCACCAAAAAGGUCUUGGUGGCCGGCGGCGCCUCCAGCGUGGGCUGCAACGGCAUCCAGCUGGCCACCCAGGCCGGCUACCAGGUCGUCACGACGGCGUCGCCCAAGAAUUUCGCCUAUGUCAAGGCCCUCGGCGCCGCCGCCGUCUUCGACUACCGCAGCAAGACGCUGCAGCACGACUUGGUCCAGGCGCUGGCGGGCGGGGAGGUCGUCGGUGCGCUGGCUGUCGGCGACGGCUCCGUCGAACUCUGCAUGAACGUCCUGGGUCGCCUUCCGGGCAGCCGCCGCUUCGUGGCCAUGGCCGGCGCCGUCAUGGUGCCGCCCAAGGUGGCCUCCUUCACAGGGCGUGCCUCGUUUAUUGCGUCGACUCUGUGGCAGGGCGUGCGCACGUCGAUGGCGGGACGGUCGACGGGCGUGGAAGCGAAGUUUGUCGACACCAAGGACCUGUUGCAGGACGACUGCGUUGUGGGCCGCGACGUCUUUGGACAGUUUCUGCCGGCGGCUCUGGCGGCACAGCAGUACGUCACAGCGCCGCGGACGCGCGUGGCGGGUCACGGUUUGGAGGCGCUGCAGGUGGCCAUGGACCUGCAGCGCAACGGUGUGUCGGCCGAGAAGGUGGUGGUGACUCUGUAG